AUGGGAGACCAAGAAAACCAAUGCAAUCAAGACCGAUCCUUGAAGGAGUUUGCAUCACCAACCACCCAUAGCUCCCAAUCUAGCAUCUUGAAGCCUAAUGUUGCUGCCAACAAUUUUGAACUCAAGCCUUCACUCCUCUCCAUGGUUCAGCAAAACCAAUUUGGAGGCACUCCAACCGAAGACCCAAACCUCCACAUCUCAAUCUUUCUGGAGUAUUGUGACACCUUGAAGAUGAAUGGAGUGUCGGAUGAUGCAAUCAAGCUAAGGUUGUUUCCCUUCUCACUAAGAGACAAGGCAAGGGCUUGGCUGCAAUCACUUCCACCGGGCACCAUCACUACAUGGGACCAACUCUCAGAAUCGUUCCUUGCUAAGUACUUCCCUCCGAGCAAAACAGCCCAAUUGAGAAAUCAGAUAACAACCUUCACUCAAAAAGAAGGGGAGUCAUUGUAUGAUGCAUGGGAGAGGUACAAGGAUCUUCUAAGGAUGUGUCCACAUCACGGGUUGGAGGAUUGGCUCAUAAUUCACACUUUCUACAACGGUCUUCUCUACAACACAAGGAUGACCGUGGAUGCUGCAGCGGGUGGUGCAUUGAUGAACAAAAGUGUAGGAGAUGCAAAACAACUCAUAGAGGAUAUGGCGCAGAACCAUUUCCAGUGGUCAGGUGAGUGCUCUUUACCCAAAAAGAGCGGGAGGUAUGAUGUAGAUGCAUUAGACCACAUUGCUUCUAGAGUAGAUGCUUUAUUUCAAAAAUUUGACAAGAUGAGCAUGAAUUCAGUAGCAUCUAACUCUACUAACUGUGAAAUAUGUGGUAUCAUUGGACAUUCUGCUGUGGAAUGUCAGAUUGGAAACUCCCCUUCCUCUGAUGCACCACUAUCUGAACAUGUUAAUUACAUGAAUAAUUUUAAUCAGAAAGGGGAUCCUUUUUCAAAUAUGUACAACCCGGGAUGGAGAAAUCAUCCUAAUUUAUCCUACAAAAAUCCAUCACAGAACUCAAAUCCUCACUCUAAUUUUCGACCUCCUGGUUUUCAAGCUCCUAGACUCCCCUACCCCAGUCCCUAA